GGAAACACCUGAGGAACAGAGACUGAACUGGGGGAAGUGCUGGACCCAGGCUAUAGGGAUUUCUAGCCUGUGAAUGGAACACCUGGGAUAUUUUCUGGUAAGACCAGCUGUACCAUUGCCAGGAGCUGCCAUGGCCGGAAAACUCUCCCGAGAGGAAUUGGAAAAGCUGAAGGCUGCUUAUGAAACAGGAAACCUCAAUGGCGCAGCAGCAAAACUGAAGGAGGAGCUGGAAUCAUUAGAAAAAAUCCCACUGGACAUCGCCAUCACAGGAGAGUCGGGCUCCGGAAAAUCAUCCUUCGUCAAUGCCAUCCGAGGCCUGGGAGAUGAAGACGAAGGUGCUGCGAAGACUGGGGUGGUCGAAACAACAAAGGAUCCAAAGGGUUAUCCACACCCUGUACUCCCCAAUGUAACAGUAUGGGAUCUGCCGGGAAUUGGGACACCAAAUUUUCAGCCAGGCAGUUACCUCAAACAGGUAAACUUCAGCCGCUAUGACUUCUUCAUUAUCAUUGCCUCAGAGCGCUUCACUUCCCACCACAUCACACUCGCCCGGGAGAUUCACAAGAUGGGAAAGAGGUUUUACUACGUGCGCUCCAAAGUGGAUGCUGACUUGUACGCAGCUCAGACCCGCCGGCCCAGCACCUACGAUGAGGUGCGGAUCCUGCAGGAGAUCCGGGACAACUGCGUCAAGAACCUGAGGGAUGCAGGUGAGGUCUCCCCACGGGUUUUCCUGAUCUGCAGCUGGAACUGGGACAAGUAUGAUUUCCCGCUCUUGCAGGAGACACUGGAGAAUGAGCUAGACGCUCAGAAGAGACGUGCUUUCAUCCUGGGCCUGCCCAACAUCUCGGCAAAGAUCCUGGAAAAGAAAAAGGCUGAACUGAAGAAACAUAUUUGGAAACUGGCCCUUGUGUCAUGUGCUAUUGCCGUUAUUCCUCUUCCCGGUCUCUCAUUUGCUUGUGAUGUAGCCAUCUUGAUGGUAAACAUGAAACUUUACCUCACUGCCUUUGGCUUGGAUGAUAAUUCCCUUACUAGACUCGCUAAGCAGGUUGGCAAGCCCGUUGCAGAACUGAAGUCUGUAAUUAAAACAGUUCCUAUGGCCAACUCAAUAUCAAAAGAGUGGGUAGUGAGUUUUCUGUCUAAAUCUGCAUGUGCUGCAGUGAUGACAGCUGAAGAGGCUUUAGAUUUGAUACCAAUCAUUGGUCCUUUCUUAUCUGGAGGAGUUUCCUUUGGAACCACCUAUUACAUGCUGAACAGCUUUCUGAAUGAUGCUGUCAAAGAUGCCCAAAAUGUUCUGGCCAAAGCUCUGUCUUAAGCAAAAGGUAAAGAGCACAAAUAUCCGCAACAAAAGAUCCACUGCUACCACCCAGAAAAAAGGCUUAAAUCCCAUUUCAGUUAUGCCAGAAUCUCUCAAAGUGGAUCAACCAAAACCAGCCCAAAUAAAACAAAAUUAAAAACAAAGUGAACAAGAGGAGGAGAGAGAAAGAGGCCGGACCAGACUCCUCGGAGUUUUGGUUGGAAAUUCUUUUUUCAUGGGGUCAAAGAUAUAUUAGUAAAGUGAUAAAGCCACCUGAAAUUGAGAGAAAGUUCCCUAAUCAAUGUUCAGCCCCGUACAAGGAUAGUUAAGGAAGUGUUAAACUUUCCCAUUUCUCUCUCACUAGUGGAAAGUAUCUAGUGCAGCAGAUUGAAUGCAGGAAACCUGUUAUUAGAUUCCAGCACCAACAGCAAUAGAUGCUUGCAGCUUCCCUUGAUUUUCAUAGG